GGCCAAGCGCGUGUGCAUUGCGGUCAUCUGAUUCUGACUUUGUCAUGCAAAUUGAUAUCCCCGCCGUCCUUCUCAAGAGGGCUCAGGCUCCCCGCCGCUAUAACAGCAGCACUUCAUGCGCAUGCGAAUCACAAUGAAGAUGUAUAAUAAUAAUAGCGUUCACGACACGAUGAGUGGUCCGAUCGAGCGUGAUCGCGCGCUUGCCGUGGGCGAUGAGCCAGUCUCCCUGCGCGCCGCGGCGGGAUUCCGCGGCGCUCUCCCACAAGCGGUGUCGAACUGCAGCACAGCCUCAUCUCGUCUUCAUCACCAGCAAGCCUGCACAUCUCCCAGCUUCGCCAAUUUCCUGGCGCGACCAUUUGGCCGAACUUUUGACGUGGCCGCUUGACCGACAAAGAGCCAUCUCGAAUGGUCGCUUCCCUUCUUGAGUGUGUUUCCAUGUGCCUUUCACGGAACGCAAGCGGUUCGAGUGGAUGUCGGCAGAUAUUACACGCGCAUUCGCUCAUGCACGAUUGGUCCUGGCCAAUUUGGUGUGAUGAGGGGAGUUCAACCUUUUCCAUAAUCCCCGGCUCCUUGCUUUUCAAGGUACCGCGCCUGCUUUG